CAAUAAACGCAAAGUAAUCGUAAUGAUUAGUGCGCUAAAUGCGGGAAAUACAUUAACAUAUGACAAACAGGUAAUCAGCAACUGACGAAAAUUCAAAAGUCAAACCCGAAACUCGAAUUUCUAUACAGAAGCACGGAGGGUCACUGUCGAUUUCCAGUUUAACCAAAGUGGCGUACAAAAUUCAAAAUAAAUACACGUGUAUAAGCUCACUACACACACACACUUAAUUUCGCAUUACUGGACAAUAUUUUAAGCGGACAAUUGCUCACUAAAGUUUAAUGUUUCUGAUUUAGGCAAAAAAAAAUUAACAGCGCUGAGAUGCAUUACUCUCAAGUCGCGUCUCGUCUCAUUUAGUUGAUGUUCAGUGGCGCUUAAGUGAAGACGUGCGAAAAGAUAGCUGACUUAGCUCAACGCAUUUAAAGCAAACGACGUUUCCAGUGAAAUUAAGUGGAAAUAUUAACAGCGCGCAUAAUGAGCUGGCGCUUAGGCUGCCUCGUGGUGACCGCUCUGGCUGUUUGGCAAGCGCAUGCAAAACCAUUGAUAGAAGAUGCCACUUUUUCAGAUGUUGACCUUGUCGCCGAAGACUCGUUCGCCAAUGCCGUCUACGUAGCAGCGCCGACGCGCCUCAAACGCACACCACAACAUUUUGGACCACCAGGCUACGACAAUGGACCCCCUCCUCCACCACCGCCUGCUGAGCCAUCAGCUCCACAACCAACCUCACCAGCACUUCCUCAACCCACGAAAACACCACGGCCUCCGGCAUCUACUCAGUUGACAAUCGCUCCAGUACCAAGCACAACAGCGGCGCCGGUAUUAGUGACAAUGGCUCCAACUACUUCGACUACAACAACCACAACAACUGCAGAACCAUUCUACGACAUUGAUGUUAGAUUUGGAAAUUAAUUAGACAUGUUGUGAUUGUUGUAAGAGCGAAAAACUACAUCAAAAAUUUCCCAGUAAUUUUAAUAAAAUUUUAUGAAUUAAAACUAAAGAUUUUGGCAGCGAACUAAUUACA